AUGUACAGGACUGUGCUGCUAUGUCUCUUGCUCUUCGCUGCCCUCUGUCGGACGGAGGGGGCGCUGCAGGCCAGGAAGGCACAGAAGACCAAGAGCUCCCGUAGCCCGGCAAAUGUUGCCAUGAAUGCACCUGUUGCACGUGGUGGAGUCCCCGUUCCAGGUAUCAUGUUCACCUAUAAGCCUCUUCCCUGUGCUAACACAGGUAUCAUGUUCACCUAUAAGCCUCUUCCCUGUGCUAACACAGGUAUCAUGUUCACCUAUAAGCCUCUUCCCUGUGCUAACACAGGUAUCAUGUUCACCUAUAAGCCUCUUCCCUGUGCUAACACAGGUAUCAUGUUCACCUAUAAGCCUCUUCCCUCUCCUAACACAGGUAUCAUGUUCACCUAUAAGCCUCUUCCCUCUCCUAACACAGGUAUCAUGUUCACCUAUAAGCCUCUUCCCUGUGCUAACACAGCUAUCAUGUUCACCUAUAAGCCUCUUCCCUCUCCUAACACAGAAAGACGUCAACGUCCGUCUUUUGGCCACAAGGACAGGAAGCUGCCUCAAAGUUCAGCCAGGAGGGUGUGGACCGCAGCCAGAUUCAGACCUCUGACACAGGCGCUGUCGGCUGUCGCUGUGAAGCGCGUAACAAGAGCGGUCAGGGAGGAGGAUGAGGAGGAUGAGGAUGCAUCUGUGAUAGCGGGAGGGGGGAGAGACAAUGUGACGAUGACAAAGGAGGGGAAGUUUCAGAGGGACAGGACUGAGCUCGUGGGUGUUGGCAGUGAUUCUGAAGAUGAAGAUGAUGAUAAUGAUGAUGAUGAUGGUGAUGAUGACGAUGAUGAUGUUGAUGAUGACAAGGAUGACGACGAUGACGAUGACGACGAUGAUGAUGAUGAUGAUGAUGAUGGUGAGGAGGUUGUGGCGGAGGUUGGUGACCCUGCUGUCGGGUCUUAUGCUCCCCCCGCUGAGGGGCGUGGCCUAACAGAGUCCAUGCCCAUUGGCUGUCUGCUGUCCGAGUCAGUAAUCGCCUGCAGGAAGGCUGGCCUGAUGGACCUGCCAGUCCUCACGGACCCCAACAUCAAAGUGCUCGACCUGUCAAAGAACCGGAUUCGACACAUCCCCCCUGAGGGCCUUGCGGGCCUCCCCAGCCUAGAGUGGCUGGACCUCAGUAAGAACAAGCUGACCGACUCAUCUCUGAGCACAAACCUGUUCAAGCGCCUGACCAAGUUGAAGAGGCUGAACCUGGAUGGGAAUGAGCUGACCAAAAUCCCACUACUGCCCCCAUCCCUGGAGGAGCUCAAAAUGAACGACAACAAAAUCAUCACUUUAACUCCACGGAGCUUUCCAGGUCAGUCCCAGCUGCUGAGGCUGGAGCUGGAGGAUAACCGUCUCGUGGAGGGGAGCAUCUCUCCGGCUGCAUUCCGGCCCCUCCGGCACCUCCUGUUCCUCAAACUGGACGAGAACAAGCUUCGCUCCGUCCCCCCCGGACUGCCCCCGACCCUGCUGGAGCUGCGUCUGUCAGAGAACAAACUUGAGAAGCUGCAGGAUGGGGCCCUGAACCGGACCCGCAAACUCAGGGCGCUGGACCUCAGCCACAAUCACAUCCGAGAGGACCGCAUUGGCCCCAGAGUCUGGAAACCCCUGAAGAAGCUGGAGGUGCUGGACCUGUCCCACAAUAAGUUGCUGCUGGUUCCCCCCCUGCUGCCCCCCACCCUGCGCCUGCUCUCCCUGCACCGCAACCAGAUCCAGCGCCUGCCGGCUAACGUCUUCGGCCACAUGAAGCCCGGCCUGGAGGCUCUGAGCCUGUCCCAUAACCACCUGCGGGACGACGGGCUGACCGCCUUCUCUUUCCUCGGCCUGCACCGCUCCCUGGCCAAGCUGUACCUCGAUUCCAACCAGCUGCGCUCCAUCCCUCCUGGCCUGCCACUGCUCAAGGCCCUGCAGCUGCUGAGACUCGACAACAACCUCAUCAGGGUCGUCCCUCAGAGUGGGCUGUGUGACUCGCAGGUGCAGGAUGGGUCUCCCCUGGAGACUCUUCACCUGGAGAAUAACCUGAUCCAUCGGCACCUGGUCCCGGCCUCAGCCUUCUCCUGCCUGAGGCCCUCGGCCACUGUCCUGCUGGAGCCCCAGAGCAACGAGCAGCGGGCAUAG